UCUGGAACUCAAACAUUGCACCCGUUGGCGGGAAGUACUAAAAAAUGGAAGAAAUCCUUAUGAGUAUGAAAUAUGGACUUAAAAAAACGAUUUGGCACUUGAGAGAUUGUCACAACUGGAGUUUAUAUUUGGAGUGUACACGCGAUAAUUACCUCUCUUCGUCUACCAUAUCAUCCUCUAUUUGUAGUAUGAUUUGAAGGGGGGCUUGAGGAGACUUCAACAUAGAUUGCAAAAGGCACAGAUGAAAAAUUAGUGACAUAUUCAGCGUUUUAUCACUUCAUUCUUCUAAUCAGUCCUACUCAAUAGUGCCCCUAGGUUGUAAACUUGACAUGCUGUAGCGAAAUCUCGGUUAAAAGCAUGUCAAAUUAUGUACCUUUACUAGACCUUUUUGUGUGUUCAAUAAACGAUAAGGGUUCAUUUACUCAUUUUACAUUGUAAUAGUUUCAUUUUAUUUCUCUCAAAUAUUUCAAUUACAAAUCUUCUCAAUAGGAAGUGCAGAAUGAGAAAUAGUAAAACAGUCAUUUCGACUCGUAAGAAUCGUGGUCUUAUGUUGAAUGUGAUUUUAUUUAUAUCUUUGGUGACAGCAUGUUUUGGAUUUUUAGUAUUCAGUCGCAUACCGAAAGCUGAAUCAACUUUGCGGUCUCUAAGCAUCGUACAUAGGCAUGGAGAUAGAGCUCCCGAGAUCACAUAUCCUCUUGAUCCAUAUAAAGGUGACACUGUUUGGCCGGAAGGAAUGGGAGAGUUGUUACCGAGAGGGAAAGUCAGAAUGCACAACUUCGGUCGCUUCCUAAGGGAUCGGUAUGAUGGUUUCCUACCUUCUAAAUAUUCACCAGGUGAGGUUUAUGUUCUUUCGAGUGAUUACGACCGUUGCAUAAUGAGUGCGGCGCUUGUUUUGGCGGGACUCUAUCCUCCAGUAGGGAUACAAAUUUGGAAACCUGACUUGUCAUGGCAACCAAUACCCGUGCAUACACUUCCACUUGCUUGCGACGAAAUUAUAAAUGCUUCAAGACGCUGUCCAUUGUUAUCAAAAGAGCGAUCGGAAAGGAAAGCAAUCAUUCAACAAAAACUAGAUGAAAAUCAGGACUUUCUGGCCAAUAUUUCAAAGAGUAUUGGUCUUCAAGUCACCACAUCUCAUGAAUUAUACGAUCUCAGCGACUAUUUGUCCGUAGUGAAGGAAGAGGGACUUCCGUUACCAGAGUGGGUCCAUCGUAUUGAUCGAGAAAAGCUUGAUUCUCUUGCUAAAAUCGAUGAGAUGAGACUUUACUACACACCCACAAUGAUAAAACUCUAUUCAGGCGUUUUAAUCCACGAUAUUCUCUCAAAAAUGGACAAAGCAGCGGAACUCAAAGAAGGCUAUAAUGGACGGUUAAGUUUAUAUUCGGCGCACAGUAGCACUGUGCAAAGUCUAUGGAGAGGGCUCAACGUAAGUCAAGAUAUGCCAAGGCCUGAUUACGGGGCAGCAAUUAUCGUAGAGCUCCAUGAAAUUAAAGAUAAGUUUAGAGUAAAGGUCCUUUACAAAAAAAGUAAUUUAGAUGAGAAUCUCAGUGUUCUGAAAAUCCGAGGCUGUGGAGUUGGAGGGCCUUCGGAGGUGGAUGAGAUGUGCGAUCUAGAUAUUUUCUCGUCGGCGCUGCAGCCCACAGCUAUCGAUGACUUUGACAAAGCCUGCGAAAUCCCGAAAUAGGAAACUAAGAGGAUCAGAUUGACACUACCACUCGGAUUUUCUCAUUUGUAUAAAAGAGUCCAAUAAUCAUCAAACGGCAUCAAUUUCUUUUGUGCCUUCCAUUCGAUAACACGGCUCAGCAGCACCAACCAAAAUCCAA